AGUACCUGGCAGGGGCUGGCACCUUGCCCAUCAUCAUAACAUUGUUGCCCACCAGUGAUAGCCGGCGAGAGGAACGAACAUUGACGGCCCUGUGUGAGCUCAGGUGUUGAAGAUGCUAGUUGCAAGUGUAAGGCAACACAUUGGCAGUGUGCUGAGGGCGACCCCCAGAGUAAUAGGGGCCGCCCAAGUGAGACACCAUGGCUCCCACUACCCAAUAGACGAUACGGUGUUUGGCCUGACCGAAGACCAGCAGCAGCUGAGGAGGACGAUAUUUGACUUCAUGCAAAAGGAGCUUGCACCCAAAGCUGCCCAAAUAGACAAGGAUAACAAUUUCCCAGAGAUGAGGGACUUCUGGUUAAAAAUGGGCACCAUGGGUCUGCUGGGCAUCACUGCCAGCCCAGAAUAUGGUGGCUCGGGCAUGAGCUAUCUUGACCAUGUUAUUGUUUCUGAGGAGAUCUCCCGUGUGUCAGCUGCCAUUGCACUGUCUUAUGGCGCCCAUUCCAACCUGUGUGUCAACCAGAUCAACAUAAAUGGAACAGCAGAGCAGAAGGAAAAAUAUUUACCAAAGUACACCAAAAGAAGAGCAACCACCGCUUCAGCAUCGUCACUGGAAAAAGAUAUCUUGGUGGGUAGCUGUUUGUUUACAAUUUACAUUCACUUCCUGCCAAGGCGCCAACUAGUCGAUACUUUCCAGUUGCUAUGUGUUUUGUUUUCUGACUAGAAGAGCUCAGUUGAU